ACAGACAAAAUUCCCCUUCCCCUUCCUCUGGGAAGAGAGGUAGGCCUCUCUCUCUCUCUCUGGCUUCCCAAUUUGUCUUUGCUAUGAAGAUGAUGAUCCUUUCAUUCUCCAAGUUCUGAUAAAUUGGGCCCUCUUGAAUUAAUGUUUUGCUUCAGUUUUUGUUAAUUUGUUGCUUUAUAUUAUGGAGCACCUUCCUGUUGAAGUGAUUGGUAAAAUAUUAUCACGUCUUGGUUCUGCCCGGGAUCUUGUGAUUGCUUCCUCAACUUGCAAGAAAUGGAGGGAAGCAUGGUACAAUCACCUCCACACUCUUUCAUUCAAUUCAUGUGAUUGCCCCCUCUAUAAUGAAUUAACCUCUAGUAGGUUGGAAAUACUCAUCACUCAGACAAUCUUCCAAACCAAGGCAUUGAAGUACUUGACCAUUUUCAUGGAUGUUGAUCGUGUGUUUUCUGCUGCUCCAGUCAUUGCCUGGCUUAUGUAUACCAGGGAUUCCUUGCGCCAAUUACGGUUUAAUGUGAGGAUAACCCCUAAUUUCAACAUCAUUGAAAAAUGCAGCAGGCAAAGAUUGCAAGUGUUGGCCUUGGCUCGCAAUUCUAUAACGGGUGUUGAGCCUAGUUAUUUGAAAUUUCCUUGCUUGAAGUCGCUUUCGUUGAGUUUUGUUAGCAUCUCAGCGCUGGAUUUGAGUCUUCUGCUCUCUGUGUGUCCAAGACUUGAGACCUUGGCCGUGGUUGCUCCCGAAAUCGCAAUAUCGGAUUCGCAGGCUUCUGUGGAGCUUAGUAGCUUUUCUUUGAAGGAUUUCUUCAUUGAAUCAUUUAGUUCAGAUAAAUUUUUAUUGGAAGCGGACUUGCUUGAAAAGCUUCAUUUAAAAGAUUGUACCUUUGAGGUUUUUGAACUGGUGGGAAAGGGAACGUUGAAAGUGUUAAAGAUUGAUGAUGUGAGUGUCAUCCAUCUUAAUAUUGAGGAGAGCACAGAAAACCUUGAGAUUGUAGAUGUUUGUAAGUUUAUUAUAUGGCCAAAAUUUUAUCAUAUGAUCUCAAGGGCAUCGAAGUUACUUAAGCUUCGACUGUGGGGUGUUGUUUUUGAUGAUGAGGAUGAGGUUGUUGAUAUAGAGACAAUUUCUGUUUGUUUUCCUCAAUUAAAGCAUUUGUCCUUAAGUUAUGAUUUAAGAGAUGGAAUACUUCAUUAUGGCUUGCAGGGUUUGUCUUGUUUGACGAAUGUGGUGGUGUUAGAGCUUGGAUGGACUUCAAUCAGUGAUCUUUUCUCAGUAUGGGUGGCUGGACUUUUGGAAGGAUGUCCCAAUUUGAAAAGAUUGGUCAUUUAUGGUUUUGUUUCAGAGGUCAAACCAUAUGAAGAGUGUCAAAAAUUUGCCAAUUUUUCUGAAUUCAUUCUUCAACUUGGAAGAAAAUACAGGCAUGUAAAGUUUGAGUUUGAAUAUGAGUAGUGGAUUUUGCCGCACUUGUCUAAUCUCUGUCAAAGUCAGUGGUUUUAUAUCAUUCACAAAUAAGGUACUUGCAUUUCUCAAGAGUUUCUUAUAUCCAUUUCUUCAAUGGUGAAUCACAGGAAUUCUGCAAUUGUAAAGCUAUAGAUUUUUUUUUCUAAAAGAGAGAAUUUUAGUUUCCAUCACAACCCUUUCUUUCUAUUCUUGGUUAUUAUUUUGUAGAAAGAGAUAGAGGGAACCUCAGUUACUUUUACGUAAUUGAAAGUGACUGCCCAGCAAAUGUUU